AUCACUCCACUCUAAAAGUCUAAAGAAAAAGAAAAGACAGAAAUAAAAUUACCAGAAAUGUACAUCUAUCAUUUUAUGAAUUUUAUCUCUUUUUUUAUCAUCAAAGUAAAGAUUAGUUCUUCCCAUGUCUUUUCUUCUCAGAUUCAGCAAUAAAACAGAGGAGAGAGAACGAGGGAAAGUCAGUCCGACAGACAAAUAAAACUCAACAAAUUUCUGGGAAUAACAACAAGAAGACUCAGAGAAAACCCCUGAAAACAACAAUUAUAUUUUUCCGCACGCCAUUGAUAAGUUCAUCUAGAAUUCUUACUUUUCCUAUUUUCAUUUUUGUUAAAUUGAUUUUUCCCGCGAUUCCCAAAUCAAAUCAAUUUCAUUCAUACGCUUUUGUUGAAUUCAAUUUUAUAAAAACGAUAUUAUAUAUAUUUAAAUAUAUACUAUACUAUACUAUUCCCUUUUGGAAUAUUCUAAUUAAUUUUUUUUUUAAUUAUUAAAAGGUCUCUUAUUUCUGUAUGUGGGGUUGUUGAUGUUAGUUGGAAAUCUUGAAUUUUUUUCAAUUUACAAUUUCAGAUUUUCUGGGUUUAUUUUUAUUUUUUUUAAUUAAAAGGGGUUAAUUUAUAUAGAUCAGAAAAAUUAGGCAAUGCGUGUUAGAGUACAAAAGGGUGGAAAGUCAAAGGAAGAAGAGAUGAUCCAAGUCUUCAUUCAAAGCUGCCUUGGUCGAAGAAAGUGAGAGAGAGAGAAACAAAUUAAGUUUAAAAUGUCCUGAAAAAUGAAAAUUCAACAAAAUAUUUCCUCCUAUUUUAUCACCCUUUUUUGUUGAAUGUGCAACUUUUCUCUUCACAUUUUUCAUCCAUAAAUUAAUUUGUUCAUUUCUUAGUUCUUUUGUAAGGUAUUUAAGCUUCUGGGUAUUUCUUCAUUUUGUGAAAGAUUGCACAUUUGUAGAGAUUUCUUCCAAGGUGUAUUAAUACUAUUUUUUACUGCUUGGUACAACAACUGGAUUAAUUUAUUAUCUUCAACUUAGUUUCUUUUGUUCGUUUAUUGAAACUCAAACUCUAUUUUCGGGUUACUAUUGGAAGAAAUUAUUUUGUUAAAAGAAAAAUUACUGGGGUGUUGAGCUUUCCUUGGCCAGGAAUUUAUUGGGUUUUCAUAAAAUUUGGUAGUUAGUUGCAUUUAAUUAAUUCUUGGGUACUCUCCAUAUUCUACACUUGGAUUGGUGUUCUUGUUCAAGUUGAAAAAACAAGAAAAAAAAAAAAAAAACUUAUCUAUUUUUACAAGAUUGAGUAAAAAUUGUUGCCAAGUCAUAUUUUUUCACAAGAUUUGAGUGAGAAAAUGGUACAAAAUAGAAGAAGAAGAAGGCUGCGUUUUAGCAAGAUCUACUCAUUUCAUUGUGGGAAAUCAUCUUUACAAGAAGAUGACAUUUCACAAAUUGGAGGCCCUGGAUUCUCAAGGGUUGUAUAUUGUAAUGAGCCUAAUAGUUUUGAGUCUUCAAUCAGAGAUUACCCAGAUAAUUAUGUUAGAACAACUAAAUAUACACUUGCAACUUUUGUGCCUAAAUCUUUGUUUGAGCAAUUUAGAAGAGUUGCCAACUUCUUCUUCCUUGUUACUGGAAUCUUGGCCUUUACUCCUCUUGCUCCCUAUAGUGCUGUUAGUGCCAUUGCUCCACUGAUUUUUGUGAUUGGUGUGAGUAUGUUGAAGGAGGCUAUUGAAGAUUGGCGGCGAAAUCAACAGGAUGUGGAGGUGAAUAAGAGAAAAGUCCAAAAGCAUUGUGGAGAUGGGGAAUUUAAGCAAUCAGAAUCGAGUUAUCUCAAGGUCGGGGAUGUAGUGAAAGUUGAGAAAGAUGGGUUCUUUCCAGCUGAUAUCCUUUUGCUUUCAUCUAGUUAUGAGGAUGCAGUCUGUUAUGUGGAAACUAUGAAUCUUGAUGGGGAAACAAACUUGAAACUGAAACAAGCUCUUGAAGUUACUACAUCUUUGCAUGAAGAUUCUAGCUUCAAGGAUUUUAAAGCCACAGUUAGAUGUGAAGACCCGAAUGCCAAUUUGUAUACUUUUGUUGGAAGUAUGGAUUACGAGGAACAACAAUAUCCACUCACACCCCAACAACUUCUAUUGAGGGACUCAAAACUUCGAAAUACAGAUUACAUUUAUGGUGUUGUGGUUUUUACUGGUCAUGACACUAAGGUUAUGCAGAAUGCCACUGACCCACCCUCUAAGCGAAGCAGAGUUGAGAGGAAAAUGGAUCAAAUUAUAUACUUCCUAUUUUUCAUGUUAUUUUUGAUGUCUUUUGUUGGAUCUGUUGUUUUUGGUGUUACUACCAACCAAGACCUCAAUAAUGGCAUAAUGAAGAGGUGGUACCUCAGACCGGAUGCUAACCCGCCAAUUUACUUUGAUUCUGAGAGAGCUCCACUUUCAGCGUUUUUGCACUUCCUCACUGGUCUUAUGCUGUACAGUUACCUUAUCCCUAUCUCCUUGUAUGUGUCUAUAGAGAUAGUCAAAGUUCUUCAGAGUCGUUUCAUCAACCAAGAUAUUCUUAUGUACUAUGAAGAAGCUGACAAGCCAGCUCAUGCCCGUACCUCUAACUUAAAUGAAGAACUUGGUCAAGUCGAUACAAUACUUUCUGAUAAGACCGGCACUUUGACCUGCAAUUCUAUGGAGUUCAUCAAGUGUUCUAUAGCAGGGACAGCUUAUGGUCGUGGUAUAACAGAGGUUGAGAGGGCUAUGGCCAAAAGAAAAGGUUCACCUUUACCCAAUGUAAUGAUAAAUGGUUUACAAUCUAAUGGGAAUGUCAAUGAUCUCGAUGAAACCGAGGAGGAUUCUGCUGAGGCAAAUCCUGCUAUAAAAGGGUUCAACUUCAACGAUGAAAGGGUGAUGAAUGGCAAUUGGGUAAAUGAGCCAAAUUCACAUGUUAUUCAGAUGUUCUUUCAACUACUGGCUGUUUGCCACACGGUGAUACCAGAUGUAGAUGAAGAAACUGGCAAGAUUUCGUAUGAAGCAGAAUCACCAGAUGAGGCAGCUUUUGUUAUUGCUGCUAGAGAACUUGGCUUUGAGUUCCACAAAAGGACUCAAACCACUGUUUCGUUGCUUGAGUUGGAUCCUGUUUCUGGACAGAAAAUUGACAGGGAAUUCAAAAUCUUGAGUAUCUUGGAGUUCAAUAGUACCAGAAAAAGAAUGUCAGUGAUUGUCGAAACUGAGGAAGGGAAAAUGAUUCUACUCUGCAAGGGAGCUGACAGUGUUAUGUUUCCACGGCUAGCCAAGCAAGGUGGGGACUUUGAGGAGCAGACCAGAGACCAUGUAAAUGAAUAUGCUGAUGCAGGACUGAGGACUUUAUUACUUGCUUAUCGGGAAAUAGACAAGGAAGAAUACAUAGAGUUCAAUGAAAACUUUAAUGCUGCCAGGAAUGCUGUUAGUGCAGAUCAGGAAACACUAGUCGAGCAAGUGGCAGAGUCAAUUGAAAAAGAUUUGAUUCUUCUUGGUGCAACUGCUGUUGAGGACAAACUUCAACGUGGGGUUCCCGAAUGCAUUGACAGACUUGCACAAGCAGGAAUAAAGAUAUGGGUCUUGACUGGAGAUAAAAUGGAGACAGCUAUUAACAUAGGGUUUGCUUGUAGUUUGUUAAGACAGGGAAUGAAACAGAUAUUAAUCAAUGUGGAAACCCCAGAAAUCAAAACGUUGGAAAAAUUGGGCGACAAAGAUGCCAUCACUAAGGCAUCCAGAGAAACCGUGCUCAAGCAGAUUACUGCUGCUAAGAGCCAACUUGGCACAUCACGUACAAGUUCAGAGGCCUGUGCUUUGAUCAUUGAUGGGAAAUCUCUCGCAUAUGCUCUAGAGGAUGAUAUGAAGAACUUAUUUCUAGAGCUUGCAAUUGGCUGUGCCUCGGUUAUCUGCUGCCGCUCAUCACCAAAGCAGAAGGCAUUGGUCACAAGACUAGUGAAAAAUGGCACGAACAAAACAACAUUAGCCAUUGGUGAUGGAGCUAAUGAUGUGGGAAUGCUUCAAGAAGCUGACAUAGGGAUUGGGAUCAGUGGUGCUGAAGGAAUGCAGGCUGUCAUGUCCAGUGAUAUUGCUAUUGCUCAAUUUCGGUUUCUGGAGCGCUUGCUGCUUGUACAUGGGCAUUGGUGUUACAGAAGGAUAACCUCAAUGAUCUGCUAUUUUUUCUACAAGAAUGUUACUUUUGGAGUCACAGUCUUCCUGUUUGAGGCAUAUGCAUCAUUCUCUGGCCAACCAGCGUAUAACGACUGGUUUUUGUCACUCUUCAAUGUGUUCUUCACAUCGCUUCCUGCAAUUGCUUUGGGAGUCUUUGACCAAGACGUCUCCGCACGUUUCUGCACCAAGUUCUCUCUACUCUAUCAAGAAGGUGUUCAAAACGUGCUCUUCAGUUGGUUGCGAAUACUGAGCUGGAUGGUGAACGGAAUGAUAAGUGGUAUAAUAAUCUUCUUUUUCUGCAAGGAAGCUAUGCACAAUCAAGCUUACAGGGAUGACGGUAGACCAGUGGACUUUCAAAUAUUUGGAGCAACUAUGUACACAUGUGUUGUCUGGGUGGUAAACUGUCAGAUGGCGUUAUUCAUUUGCUACUUCACUCUAAUACAACAUAUUGUCAUCUGGGGUUCAAUAGCUCUUUGGUAUGUCUUCCUGUUGAUAUACGGCGCAAUGAGUCCCGACUUUUCAACAACAGGAUAUCAGAUUUUCGUUGAGUCACUAGCCGGAGCACCCAAAUUUUGGCUGCUGACAUUUUUUGUGGUGGUAUCAGCUUUAGUCCCCUACUUCACAUACUCCACACUUCAGAUGAGGUUUGUGCCUAUGUACCAUCAGAUGAUCCAAUGGAUAAGACUAGAGGGUCAAACUGAGGACCCUGAAUACUGUCAUAUGGUACGACAAAGAUCAAUACGGCCUCAAACUGUGGGUUACACUGCCCGUGCAGCAGCAAGAAAGAAGGAGAGACGGCAAAGUAAAAGCUGAUUGAACUGACAUUUGUUUUAGGUACGUUCAUUAGAGAAUUAUGAUUGAGAGAAGAAUUCCACAGAACCUGGAUGGAGGGCAGUUGGGUCAUCUUAAUUGUCGGCCUGAAUUUUGUUGUCGUUGUCGCCACUUCCAGGGGAUUGAUUUGUACAGAAAGGUAACUCAGAAGUUGUAUCAUAUUUGUCAUUUGUCAUUUGUCAUUUGUCAUUUGUCAUUUGUCAGAUAGGGGAGAAUUAAGGCUAGCAUAUGUACAUUCUUGCUCUUUUCUUUCCAUCGGCAAACUCCUAAUAUUCUUUUGUUAUAUCUCACUAUUGUGUAGAAUGUUGUACAGAAGCUCAGUUUUUUUAAUUUUAUACAAGUAUAUAUAGAGAAAAUUAUGCCCACUA